GGCAAAAGACAAGUGUUGCUUGGCGUUCCUCAUUGCUCUCGUACGCAUGAUCCUCGUCCGCCCAUUCCCCUCGUUGUCGCUUCGAGCCUUCCAGCUUCCCGGCACAAGACUCUCAUCACCGUCUGGGCCGUGGACGUGCAGGGUGCCGUAUACGUACGGGCGUCGCAGGACGGACUCCGAUCGCCGCGUUGGUCCCUGCGUUUCAGCUCGGCCUUGCGCCUCCGUGCUGCUGCUUUUGCGUUCUGCAGGUGUCCGAAUCGGACGAUGAUGGCCGUUCGGUCAGCUGGCCUAGGCUCGCAACGCAUACCGCUCCCAGGCAGCACCGACCACCGCAGGACCACCGUGCUGCAGGCUUACGGACUCGUGUCGAGGAAGUCACAGCUGCAUAUGGUCCUCGGCGUUCAUGCCCGUUCUCGUGACACGCCUAAAAGAUGCCAAGUUACUCGUUCCGCCUCGCAGGUAUAAAGGUGCACGUCGCCCUCGUCUCUUCUCCAGUUCGUCGUCUCUCAACUCGACUUGAACCGCAUCCGACUUCGCACAUCUUCUCAUUCUCGACGUUUCUUACGCCCGCCAUCAUGCGUUUCACCUCCGCUCUCGCCGCCGUCGCCCUCCUCUUCGCGCCUGCCGCGCUCGCCCAGAGCUCCGUCACGGUCGCGUACGACGAGAACUACGACAACGCCAGCCAGUCGCUCUCCACCGUCUCGUGCUCCGACGGCACCUACGGGCUCGAGUCCAAGGGCUACACCACGUUCGGCUCGCUCCCCGACUUCCCCUACAUCGGCGCGGCCGCCGCGGUCAGCGGCUGGGGCUCCGCGGAGUGCGGCACCUGCUGGGAGCUCGAGUACAACGGCGCCACGAUCAACGUGCUCGCGAUCGACCACGCCGGCGAUGGCUUCAACAUCGCGCUGGAGGCUCUGAACGCGCUUACGAACGGCCAGGGAUCCAGCGUGGGUCGCAUCACCGCGACCGCUACCCAGGUCGACGCCUCUGUCUGCGGCAUCCCCUAAGCGUGUUCAUAUGUGGACAAACGUUACGAUGGAAUGACUUGAUUUCGAUGACAAUGGACGAUGCUACGGACUCUCGCAAAGACUGCUUAGCCUAGCUCACGCAUUCCGGACUUUACUGCAGUGUUUCAGAUUUGGGUUGAUGUUCACGAAUGGACUAUUGCUUUGGCUUUCUGCGUUGCGUGCGUUACCUGAUGAACGGCCACAUCCAGUCUUCAGAUGUUUUCUGCUACAGGUACGUGCACGACGGAACAGUGACUUCAAUGGAGAGCGGUGGCUUUAUCGGUUAAAGUGAUUCGUUGUACACUGUUUACAGGACACAAUAGCACUUCGUGUUAACCCU